AUGACAUCGAGGACUAUUCCAUCUAUCAUAGCUGGUCAAGAAGUGUCUGACGCCGAGUUUGUACAUCCUGUUUACAGUCACGAGGAUACAAACAAAGUGAUUCAUACUUUUAGCUACAUACAAGUUUCCUCAAACAUCAUAAACCAACUUGCAGAGAAUUCCAAAAAUGGAUUUAAAGAAUGGUCCAACACUCCAGUUUCUACAAAGAAAGAAAUUUUUUAUAAAUGUUUAGAGAUAUUGAGAGAGAAGAAAAAUGAAUUUAUUGAGGCACACAAGGAGAUUGGAGGUCCUGAUUGGUUUGCAAAUGUCAAUAUUGAUAAUGCUAUUGGUCACCUUGAAGAAUAUAUUGGAAAUUUAUCUAAUUCAGAAGGUGAAUUGUUUCAUUCAGAGCACAACAAAUUGGCAUUGACUGUUAGACUGCCUGUUGGACCUGUGCUUUCGAUUGUUCCAUGGAAUGCACCAGUGAUUUUGGGUGCUAGAAGUAUUUUUGCUCCAUUAGCAGCUGGUUGUUCUGUAAUAGCCAAAUCUUCCGAAAAAGCUCCACGAGCCGUAUAUUUGUUGGUAAAAUGCUUAAUUGAAGCCGGAGUUCCCGCAAAUGUCGUACAAUUAGUUCAUUUGAAACCAGAAGAUAAUCCAAAGUUUUUAGAUGCUUUGUUAGCUACAGGGGCCAUAAAGAAAAUCAACUUCACUGGAUCGACAUUAACCGGGAAGCAAAUUGCUUGUACUGCUGCUAAAUACUCGGUUCCAUGUUUAUUGGAGUUGGGUGGCAAAAAUGUUUCAAUUGUAUGUCAAGAUGCUGAUAUUAAAAAAGCUGUGGGUAACAUAAUUUGGAGUGCGUGGGCACAUAAGGGACAAAUAUGUAUGAGUACUGACAAGGUGUUUGUACAUGACACAAUUUACAAUGAUUUUAAGCUGGAAUUGAUUAAAAUUGCCUCUGACAUAGUACAAGAUCCAGACUAUUCAAUUGCACAUCGCGAUCCUCUUGGAGCUAGUAAAGUGGUGGAAUUGCUCAAUGAUGCAUUAAAAAAGGGUGCUUCCUUGAUUUUUGGUAAUUUAGACGAUUCAGAGGUGAAGAAAAAUAAUGUUGUUUCUCCGAUGGUUUUGGAAGGUGUAACCCCAGAAAUGAAGAUUAACAGUACUGAAAGUUUUGGGCCUAUUUUUGCUAUAGAAAAAUUUACUGAUGUUAAUGCUGUGGUUGAUAGAGUAAACGAAGAUGAUUAUGGAUUGAAGGCGUCUAUUUGGUCUUCUAAUUUAAUGAACGCUAUUGAUUUGGCGAAAAGAAUUGAAUGUGGUGGGGUUCAUAUCAAUAAUUCAAGUAUUAGUGAUGAAUCUCAUCUCCCACAUGGUGGAGUAAAGUCAAGUGGAAAUGGUAGAUUUAACAGUAAAUGGGGGGUCAACGAGUUUCUGUUCAUCAAGACUAUAACUGCUAAUCCUUGA